AUGAUAAUCAGGAAUCCAUUGAGAAUGAUUGGGAAAACUUAUCAUGACGCUGUUACCGCACUGAAUUCUCUGCAAUCCAAUUACGCCAAUAUCAUGGCAAUCCGUCAAACGGGUGAUCGUAAAAACAUCAUGACACUAUUGGAAAUGCAUGAAUGGUCUAGACGGAUUGGCUACUCCGCAUCUGACUUUAAUAAAUUGAAUAUUGUCCAUAUUACCGGGACAAAAGGUAAAGGUUCUACUGCCGCAUUCACUUCAUCGAUUUUAGGACAGUAUAAAGAGCAGCUUCCACGUAUUGGGCUAUACACAUCCCCGCAUCUGAGGUCAGUAAGAGAAAGAAUAAGAAUCAAUGGAGAGCCGAUCUCUGAGGAAAAAUUUGCUAAAUAUUUUUUCGAAGUGUGGGAUCGUUUGGAUAAAACAACUUCGCCCUUGGAUAAGUUUCCACAUAUGAUUCCAGGCAGUAAGCCCGGCUAUUUCAAAUUUCUCACAUUACUCUCAUUCCAUACUUUUAUAAAAGAAGAUUGUAAAAGUUGUGUCUAUGAAGUCGGUGUAGGUGGUGAAUUAGAUAGCACUAACAUGAUUGAAAAACCGAUUGUCUGCGGCGUUACUUUACUGGGAAUAGACCAUACCUUCAUGCUAGGUGAUACUAUCGAAGAAAUUGCUUGGAAUAAAGGUGGAAUUUUCAAACCUGGAGCGCCAGCUUUCACUGUUGAGAAGCAGAUUCCUGAGGGGUUAGCAGUGUUGAAGGAAAGAGCUGGAGAACGCAAAACAACGUUAACAGAAGUACCUGUAUUUCAGCAGUUGCAACAUGCCAAACUCGGAAUUGCUGGCGAGUUCCAAAGAAGUAAUGCAUCUCUUGCCGUUGUGUUGGCUUCUGAAGUCUUGCACACAUCCAACGUGCUAGACAAGAAGUUGGGUUGCAAUCCAGAUGCAUCAAUUCCAAAAAAAUUUUUAGAUGGUCUACAGAACACUAAGUGGGAAGGCAGAUGUCAAAUCCUUGAAAGAGAGGAAAACAUUUGGUACAUUGAUGGUGCGCAUACUAAAGAUAGUAUGAUAGCAGCGUCAACGUGGUUCAGAGACACAGUUUGCUCAUCGAAGAGAAAGAAAGUUUUACUUUUUAAUCAACAAAGUAGGGAUGCUAAAGCUCUUGUAAAUAACCUAUACACAUCUGUUUCUCCAGACGUCAUCUUUGAUGAUGUGAUAUUUACCACAAAUGUCACUUGGAAGUCAGGUUCAUACAGUGCUGACCUCGUUUCCAUGAACACCUCUCAAGAAGACGUAGAGAACCUAAAAGUUCAGGAGUCAUUGACCAACAACUGGAAGGAAAUAGACGGAAAUCAUGCUCGUAGAUAUGUGACACCGAAUAUAGAAGAAGCAAACGAAUUGAUCGAAAAAUUAUACGAUGAACCUGCUGACAUAUUUGUAACCGGCUCAUUACAUCUUGUUGGUGGAUUAUUAGUGGUUUUUGAUAGACUAGAUGUCAAGUAA